UGAAAGUAUUCUACAAGUUUAUAUAUAACACUACUUUGAAUUCACAAGCUAUAGAACACAGCGAAUAUGACCUUCUCUAUCACCAUGCCUAGAGUAAUAGUUCUUCUUCUACUUCUCAUUUUGUCACCACCAUUACUUAUUCACCAAGCCAAAAAUUUAGUUGUAGCAGAUGAACAAUUGAUUCAAACUUUAUGCCACAACUCUGAGACACCUAAAACCUGUAUGAGUUGUGUGCAAUCUUCUAAAGGUUCUGAGAAAGCUGAUGGUGUUGGAAUAGCCACAAUAGUUGUUGAUUGCAUCAAGGACAAGGCAAAUACCUUGGCACUCAACAUCACAAACUUGGCUUCCACAUCACAUGGAGAACUCAAGUCAAUUUAUCAAACAUGUGCAAACGACUAUGGCUACCACAUUGCAAAGAAAGAGUUAAUUUCAUCCACCCAUGCCUUGCAGAAUCAUGAAUAUGACAAUGCUGAAUCUCAUGUGGUUACAGCUUUACGUUUGGAUCUUUCUUGUCGGACGAAUUUGGAACAUUACCAUAGCAAAGUGCCAAAUGGGGUUUUGUAUGAUAUGAAGAUAUAUGAGGAGCUCUCUGAGGCUGCUUCUAGAAUAAUUGAAAAGCUUUAUGUGUAAGGGUUUUGAUGCCACAAAAUUGUUACACUUAUGUAUGCUAGUUCGUCAACACCUAUUUUCAAUUAAAUAAUGAAUUUAAAUUCAAAAUUUGUUAUUA